UUUCUUUUCUUAGCAUCUUCAAUAUGAGAGCUAACUGAGUUUAAUAUUAGACAGUUCCUCUAAUUAUAAUAUCCUCAUGAUCCUCCAUCGGUGCCCAAAGCGCUAUAUCCACUGUCGAUGGCUGCACAGACAAAAAGUCACUGUACGAUCUAUUUCCAUCCCAUCCAAUCAAUACAAUUGGCGCCCUGAUCCCAUCAUCCACCACCUAUAUAUAACCAUAUAACAUAUGCUUGUUAUUCUAAAUCUCCUGAAAUCAGCACCUUCUCCUUUGAGCAUUUCUGUCUCCACAAUAGGCGCACACAUUUCCUGCUCUCUGAUUCGCCGCCCUACAGCCCUACGAGAGGGGAUGCGCCGAAACUCCGCUUCUGAUUGGCCAGUUCCCCCCAUUCUCCUUCAAGCCUUUGCCAAGCCUAUCAAAAAGCAUCAAAAACUAUGGGCUCAUCGUGUGACGGAAACCCCGUCUGCACUGCUGCAGCAUCGUCACAUCCACUACUUUCCCCUCAUCGAAUCCCAAUGCACGAAUUGCCGCCGAAACAGGGAUCAACUCAGCCCUACGAGAGGUCGAGGCAUCAGCGUUUUCGUCGGUGAAGAUGCAUUUAUACCUGUCUGCUGUCUUGUCGUUGAGCGACACGUCUUCUUUCAUCUUUCUUCUCAUCACAGUCAAAAUGGGCCUCGUCAAAGUCCUCCUCAAAGCCAUCCUCAUUCCCAUUGUCUUCGUCAUCGUCGUGGCAGCCGUGGCCUUUUUCCUCUUCAAACGCCACCGUGACCGCAAGAAGGAGGAUCGAGAUAUCGAGAAUAGGGGCUUCCAACCCCCGCCCAUCCAACAAUGGGGGACUGGCCAUCAUCCCUCCACCAUGAGUCCGGUCCAGAAACCUGAGGCUGUGGUCUAUCCGAUGCAGUAUCAAUAUCAGUAUCCUGUUGAAGCUCCCAAGGUGCAGCAAGCUGGUAUGUCAUCUAUUCUAUUCUGUUUGAAAUAUUCUAAUUGUUUGUUAGUGCCCGCCCAAUGAAUACACCUCCGUCUAUACCCAUUUAUACCCAUAUAACGCUCAAUGUGACUGUCUGCUGGCUAUGAUG